UGGGCUCUGGGGGUGGUUAGAGGUCUGUAGUAGGAUGGCCGUAGUGAGCGAUAUGCCCUAACUGUGCAGAGAGUCCAGGGGCUGUGAAUGAGGGUAAAGGAAUUGUUCGAGGAGCUGAAGCAUGUUGGAUUUGUGAUCCCCGCCUCUAUGGUAAACUGGAAUAUUAAACAGCAAGUGGAUUGACCGUGGGAGGUGACCACUGGGAGGACAAACUUGUGGCUAAGAAGAGGAACCGAGGUGGAAAGUGAGCAGUGCGUGUGUGAAGAUGUUUCUGAACUCUUUCCUGGUGGUCAUAACUGACCUGGCAGCUGGUCUCCUUGGUCAUGCCUCAAUUCGCCGCCAUUUUCAUUUGUUGAUGUCGGGCCUUGUCAUAUUUGGACCUGCACUGAGCAUGUGGGUCUCCCCAUAUAGUGUUUUUGCAAAGAAGACACAUUUCCUAUACAGAAUGUUUCUGCGGUCAGCAUUGGGAUGGACCUGUGUGUUUGUGGGUUCCUUCGUCUUCCUCCUCUCCUUCUCCGUCCGCCGCUCCCUCACCCUCUCCCUGCGCCACCUCUCACGGCUGGCCGUGGCUGGAGGCCUGUGGCAGGGCUUCCGGAGAGUUCUGAGCGUGCUGGAGAACACCACUGGUAGCUGCUACGAGCUCCUCAGCGAGCCCCUGGAGGGUAAGACGGCAGCGGCGCCGGGGGACAGCGCCCAACCUCUGCUGCUGCUGCGGGAGGGGGAGAGCAAGGCGGCCUGCCUGAACGCGGGCAUGCUGUGGCGCGGCUACGAGGUCUCGGAGGACACCUUCCUGCUGUGCCUGUGCUGCCUGCUGCUGGCCGAGGAGACGGCCGUGUUCGGGCCCUACCUGAGACUGGGCGGACCCUCGGGCGGGCCGAUGCGCAUCAUCUUUCUCCUCUGCGUGCUGCUGCUCAGCCUCUGGAUCUUCUUGCUCCUAUGCCUGCUGGCCUACUUCCCCCUGUUCCCCACCCAGCUGCUGGGAGGGGCCCUGGGGUGCCUGAGCUGGCGGGCACUCUACCAGGGCUGGUAUCGGCUCGGGCCCAGUUGGUACUGCCCAGGAAGGCCAGGCGUGGGACUGCUGACCACUGAGAAGAAAGAUGAGGAUGGGAAGCCUGUGGAGCCAGACCAAGCAAACAAUGCAACGCUCAAAUAGAACUGUACAACUUAUUAACUGAUGGCCCACUUCAAUUGUCAAGCCAGUGGUACAAUAAAGCUGCUAUGUCCACUGUA